CCUCAUCUACAACACUAUCGCCGAUGGCGAGACCUUGGGUAGCACUACCGUCGCUUUCAGCCCUAGAGUCCAACUGAAUCACGCGCCCCUACGCCUUCGACGACAAUCUGGACAACCAAGCUCUUUAGCUGCUUGACGCAUCCGCGGCAUGCCCCGCUCGAUGCGAUGAUCCUGUGGGCGCUUCUGUGCAGCUCCUUGACGCCCUCCUAUUCGCCCUCGUGUUUGAUGUACGUAUCACAGUCGACGGCUGCACGGCGAGCGUUCCUGGAACUAGUCGCGAACGAUGCUGCCAACGCUGCUCGACAGUUGGCCGGCUGGGCGAGCAUCUGCAAAACUGACAGGGUGCUCCAAUGCCCGCGGUGCUGGCUGUUGCUGGGCACACGCAAGAAUAGUACGACGCCUGUCGGACAGGUUCCCUUUUGUCGGCGUUGCAUAUUGGCUGCUGCCAACCCCGCAUUUUGCUGCAUGGCAUUGGCGUUUUCAAGAACAGUCAAGCUCCAUGAGCUACCCUGGUCAACGAUGCACCCGCUCUUCAAAUGGCUGUGAUCCCACCAGAGCCCCUCUCUUGGGCCGAGUCAGAAGACAUGCCUCGAUCAUCGUCGGUGGUGACGCAGAAGUUUGUUCCAAAGCUUGUGACUGAUGCCGUCAAGUACGUAACUGCGCGUAAUGAAUGUCUCGUGAGGAGCCUGCAAACUCCUCGGGAGCGAGUGGUUUGGUUCUGAUAUUUGGGCGCCCUCUUCUAUACGCCAGGC